AUGAUUUUAACAAAGGGAAGUGCUUUGAUAAUAAUGAUCCUAUUGGUAAAUUCAAAUGCAGAAGUUAUAGAUUUGGCUGGAAGCAUUACCAGUUACCCACUAUUUGUAGACAGGCCGUGCAACGACACGACUGAUAUAAUAUCAUCAUACUCCCCCGGUUUGACUGAUGGAUACAAAAUCACCAUAAAUAGACCUUUGAAUAAACGUACUUCAAUAAAAAUAAAGUUUGACAUGGACUCUUUGAUAACUGUGAAUAAUACCAUCGCGAGGUUGGUCAAUUUGGGUAACAAUGCUUUCAAAUUAGUUUUACUACAAGAUACUGAUAAAUUGGAAUUUGAAAUUAAAGGAGAAUAUGUUUUAUUACCACCAUAUAUAAUGAGUAUUAAGAUAGAUGGCGAGGAAAACUGCCAGAAACCUGACAAUAGCUAUUUCCUCCGACGUCCAGUGGGCGUUGAAAAAAGACCAGAUGUACCGAAUCUAUUCUGUGGGAAACGUAAAGCCUUCAAUCAACUAAUUGUCAGCGGAACAGAGUCGAAGCCUGGCGACUGGCCGUGGCAUGUAGCGAUAUUCAGACUCGAACGCGCUGCGUUAAAGUACAUAUGUGGAGGGACGUUGCUUUCAAAUUUAUUUGUUUUAACUGCUGCUCAUUGUGUUACAAUUAACGGUGCAGCUGUUCUGCCAGACAUAUUGGGUGUCAACGUAGGAAAACAUAAUUUGAUUGGUGGAGACGCUUCUUCCCAAGAAAGAGGGGUGUACGAAGUAAUCGUCCAUGAAGAGUUUGUGCGCAAAUCACUCGACAACGACAUUGCCUUGUUGAAGAUGAAGAGCCCGGUUGAAUUUAAUCCAAACGUUCAACCGGCUUGUAUAUGGUUUGAUAAACUGAAAGAAAAAAUAUCAUCUGAUAAGAUUCUUGGAACUGUAACAGGCUGGGGCUUCGAUCAGUCGGAAUCUCUUUCAACCGUUCUUCGAGAAGCUACAAUGCCAAUAGUAGGAGACUUAGAUUGUAUCAGGAGCAAACCGCAUUUCUACUCCGUAAUACUGAAUGGUAAAAAAUUCUGCGCAGGAAAUCGCAACGGAACCUCAGCGUGCAAUGGUGACAGCGGCGGUGGGUUUUUCGUUUACGUUCCAUAUGAAGACAGCCACUUUAUCAAAUAUAAGCUUAAAGGCUCCUGGUACAUUCGGGGCAUUGUGUCCCUUAGUGUCGCCUUGCAAGACACAGCCCUUUGUGACCCAUUUGAGUACGUCGUGUUCACCGAUAUAGAAUCAUAUACCGACUGGAUUUAUGAUCACAUGGAUUAAUGUAGGGUAUUAUAAUAAACAAAAGAGUGUGUGAGAA